ACCACUCGAGCAUAUCCUCAUCUUAAAUCAAAAGUAAAGCAGCCGUGGGAAGAGAGCUGAAUAAUUGAGCAAAAUGAUGGACUCUAAAGCACCAAUGCCAUGGAUAGGCCUAUACGCUGCUGUAGCAUCUCUAAUAUGACUGUUUCACUAUUCAUUGAUGCAGUGAUCUCUGUCCGCCAUAGAAAGUUAUGGUUCCCUUGCAGAUUUUCUUCUCUCAACGCCGCUUCCUUGACUGUAUUAGCCGUCGCAGUGAAGUUGUCAAUGGAUCUAACUACCCCGAUGAAAGGUGUGUAUGAUCAAGCCGCUAAAAUUACUAGCACUGCUUUCUUGUGUGUUUCAACGACUCAUUUCAUGCCUUCUCUAGGAUCCAUGAGUGAUAGAGAUAUAAUAGUGAACUUGACAGCAUUGGGUAUCCUUAUAGUGACGCUUACCGUAAAUGUUAUCAUCCAAGCAUUCACACGCGUGAUUGAAGAUGUUAAGCAAGUGGUGAUUGUCUGCAUGAAUAUUUAUGCGUUCAUUGUAUUGAUUUCUUCUGCUUUAACGGUAUUUACAAGUAAAAGGUAUUUGGAACGUAAGUACAAAGAAUUGCAAACAAGAAUUUUGGCAGCGGAACUACAAGGAGACCAAAUAAUGGACUUUGAGAAGUUAAAGUUGUGCGUGAAGAAGUACUGGGUGAUGACAGAAACAGGUAACCCUCAGUUUGUGAUGGUAAGAUCUGAGGCCAGCGUUGUUUUAUUCAUGAUCUGCGUCUUAACUUAUAUUUCUGAAAGAGGAAUAUUGUAUGGCGGUCGACCCACUGCUUCUGAUUAUAAAUGGUCAGUAUAUUUUGUUUAUUGGACUCAAUAUGUAGGCAUGAUUCUUUGCACUGUCAUGUCUUUGGGAAGACUUUUAGUAGCUUUAAUUCACACUGUACGGAAUAUUAGACACUGUACCAUCUGUAGCAUUUCCUUAGAAAUAAAGAAUUACAGGAUUAAAAGAUUGGUAGAGUGGAAAAGGAGACUCCCACCAUUAUAUGGUCGAGGCCAGAAGCAUAGAAAAAUUAUUUAUCACAUCAGAAAUCUACUUAUCAACAUUUGUAUUGGAAGUCAGAUAGUGAUUGUGAUCUUGAAUAAGUUCCUUCUUCCCAUCUCAAUCGGUGGAAUUAUCUUCUUAUUUGAUUGGAAUGCAGCAUCCAGUGCCACACUAAUUAUCCCAUUGGCCAUUGCCAUCGUACUCUUUUUUGGUAUCUUAAGGAUGAGAAUCAUUAGAUGCUUGGUGAUGGUAAAAUUUUUUUUCUCUAGGCAAUCUGAAGCCUCGGCCAAUCCCAAUGAAGCAGAACACGCGGUUGGUUAUGAGCAAGAUCUUAGAAAUUUUGUUUUACAUCUAGAAAGUGAGGCAAUAAAUGAUGGAUACCUGACGUUCAUUAACACUUCUAUUAAUUCAUCCGUAAAGAUGGGCGCAAAGCAUCAGCCUAGAUAUCUAACGGAGCUUAUGGAGAAUUCCACCAGCUUCGAGGGUGUAUCAAAAUUUGAAAGUGAUCAAGUCUCUCCAAUUAUUUGCAUAGAACCUCUUAAUUGCUGGAGUCUAGCUGUGGCAACACUAACUAGCAUCACGAUUGCUCUUCCCAAUGUUCAAAAUGAGAAGAGGAAUCAGUUGUUAAGAGGUGUCACUGAAGGUUUUAAGUAUGUGCGCCUAACGGAGAAAAGUCUGGAUGUUCAUAAAAAAUUGGUGAGCAGCACGAGAGCUGCAGAUUUUGCAUGGAUUUUAGUUGAAUUGAGGCGCAAGUGGUUAGACAUGGAUCUCCAAAAAAUUGCCAGGGUGUCAAAAUCCUCCAAAGAAACUCUUCAGAAUCUUGCAAAUAGAAGUGAAGAAAUUUUGAAGGAAUUUACUAGUAGUAUGAAUGGAAAUGCUAUGGAAAGCUUAGUUGACUUGCCUGAAAAUAUCAUAAUUGCCAAUUCAAUGUACAAAAUAAGCAACAGUUUGUUGUUGGUCCAUGAGGAAAGCUAUCAUUCAGCAUCAGAUACUCAAGUAUUUGAGAGAUUUUCAGUUAUUGUUGCAGAUAUAUUUGCUGCAUGCCUGACCAAUUUACCUCAAGCUAUACUCAAGAAAUGCAACAACAGCGCCAUAGAAGAACGGGAAAAAAUUAUAAAGGAAGCAACUCAUCUUCUCAGAGAGACUCAAGAAAUUAUGAAAGCUCUUCAUAAGCGUGAAAUUCCUAAUCUAUCGCUUAACCAAUCAAUAUAUAUUGAUGAAUGGCGUACUUUACUCAAACACCCUAAUCAUGGUACUUUGGACUCAACUCCUAGCAGUGAGAAUAUUAUUACUGCUUUAAGUGGUGAGGUACAUUUGGACAUACAAGAACUUCGUGCAAGUGCUACACCAGCCUUGGAAACCGAUGAAGGCAAUGCAGGGUCUCACAUAAGCGGGGAAGUGGAAGAGUCUGGAGAAGAAAAAGAGAACCACCAAACGUAAACCCUGGCAUUUCCACUUUUAGGAAGUCGUUCUUUUAUAAGCAUCUUCUUUGUGUGUUUAUUGGAGCUUGCCAUGCAACUCUUGUGAUUUGUGAGUCAUUCAGUAGCAUUGCGUAAUCAUGGAAAUCUAGUAGCACCUAAUGUUGUCAUAUUAUUAGACAUUAUUAUGCAUAUUGUGAACAUUAAAAGUGCUGUGUAAUAUUGUUAGGUUGUUAUAAUUUGUGGAUGAAUAAAAUAGAUAAUUUCAGAUGUAAUGACAAACAGGUCCUUGGGCUGUAAUGAUCCACAAUUGAUCUUCAGGCUUAGGCUUAAAUUGGAGAUGAACCGAGUGGUCCAAGUCCAACCCUCACAAGAUCAGUCCAAAAUUGGUCCCAUUUAAAGUGAUACUUUAAGAACACGUUUUACUUGGAUUGCCACUCAGUAACAACUUCAGUGUGUUUAGAGCAAUCUAGAUCAUUAGAUUUGAAGCAUGGUCAAUGAUUUUAAGGCUAAUCUGUUGUCCUAGCGUUUGAGAUGAAAACGUGUUUCUCUGUUUUUGUAAGUUACAAAACUUUAUGUGCUAAAUAUUUGGGUUGGAUCCAACACUAGGGUUGACUAUGUUUGACACAUGUACAAAAUCUGAGCCCUAAAAUUGUGUGCAUCUUGGUACUGAUUACUACUUUUAAGUGCUAUAAUGGGAUGUAGAAUCGUUAUGUAGUUUAUCUUUAAUUCACAUGAAAUUUUUAUAUUAGUGGUAUCAGAACUUUAGGUAAAUCAAUUUGGGAAGAUGAACCAUUGGUUUAGGGUAUUGCAAAAGAUUGUGCAGAGGUCUUAGGGGGCUUUGAAAGAUUUUAAAGAUUUGGUAUUGGAUGUUUGGUGAAUACACAUGCUAAAUCUAGACCAAGUCUAACACUUUUCCUGGGAACCUACUCUAGUUUAACAAAAUUUGUAACGUUCAGUUGACGUGUAAUUCAAAUUAUUUUAAGGUUUUAUAUGCAUGAUUAAUGUAGUUAGGACUUGAUUCUUUGUUUUGAAAAUAGUGCUGCGUAGCAUUGUUUUGAGUGGGGCCUUGGUUCUUUGUUUUGGAAUAUCAAAAUAGACCGAUGUUCUCUGACAUGAGAAUAUCAAAAUCAUAUAUUUACUUGAUAAAAUAAUGCUUUGUUAUAUAAGAAAUUGAAGUUCAAAGUAUAGUGGCUUAUGUGAUAGAGGAAAAGCAAUGUAACUUGUUCUGCAUGGGAUAAGGUUAUUUAUGACUAGUUAUUAAUAUUUUCUGUAUGUGGUUUACUCACAUUCUCUCUAUAAAAUAAUUUUGCAAGCAAUCAAAAAUUUUUCUUAUAUUUUAAUCAGACAUUCUCCAAAAAAAUCAUGCCUACAAAUCUAUACUCAAAAAAUAGGAUUCAAACAAGGACUUAGUUAUCUUUGAGGUACAAACUCUAUUAGCCUGACUCUUUCCAUUCUAUUGUAGUACAUGCAAAAUCAACCACGCAUGAAAGGGUGGAACUUUGGGUUAGUCUAAAAGUUCUUUCAAGUAAUAUGAUCCACCUUGGUUUUUUCAGGGGUGAUUUUAAUGUGCUCUUUUGUCAGCCAAGAAAGAUUCGGUGUCAAAUUGUCAAAUGUAGUUGUCAUUGAUGAUUUUUUAGAAGUUUUUAAGGUAUUGUAACCUAGAAAAUGCAGAUUAUGAAGAUUCACAAUAUACUUGUACAAACUGGCAUAUGUGGUAUGUAGUAAUUCCUUUGCAUUGGA